GCCCUUUAAACACACAGAUCUCCUCAGCACACACUUUCUACUUUACAAUCAACUGAGUUUGACAGGACACACAUAUCUUUUCAUCCUCUAUUACUGAUAUAUUUUAUAGAAGAUACUUUGUGGAGACUUUCUCUGUCAUUGGAGGAACUUUUGGAGGAACUUUUAUUCUUCUUGUCGCUGUGAGGGACUCUUCUGCAGAUGGAUCUGUCCGACCUUCCCUUCCCUCUCUCCUCCGCUGAUGACCUUUACGAUGACCCCUGCUUCAGCACCAGCGACAUGAACUUUUUUGAUGACCUGGACUCUCGACUGAUGCACGCUGGUCUGCUCAAGCCAGAUGACCAUGUUCAUCACCAUCAUCACCACCACGUCCCAGUCGCAGAGGAGGAAGAAGAGGACGAGCAUGUGAGGGCUCCCGGGGGCCCCCAUCAGGCGGGGCACUGCCUGCUUUGGGCCUGCAAGGCCUGCAAGAGAAAGACUUCACAUGAAGACCGUAGGAAAGCAGCAACAAUGAGGGAAAGGCGGCGACUCGGGAAAGUCAAUGACGCCUUUGAGACCCUGAAGCGCUGCACAGCAUCCAAUCCAAACCAGCGGCUGCCCAAAGUGGACAUACUGCGCAAUGCUAUCAGCUACAUCGAGUCCCUGCAGUCGCUGCUCAGGACUGGCAGGGAAGACAGCUUCUACCCGCCAAUGGAACACUACAGUGGGGAUUCAGACGCCUCCAGCCCGCGCUCCAACUGCUCCGAUGGCAUGACGGAUUUCAUCUCUCCUCGUUCGUCCAGAAGCGAGCACAGUGAUGGUUCCUACUGCAGCCACACAGACGAUUCCAGCACCAGUAAACCAUCGCUUAUUUCCAGUUUGGACUGUUUGUCCAGCAUCGUACAGCGGAUCAGCACAGACCCAGCUGUGGCCCCCCCAGGCGAUAGCGUGGUUCCCCGUGGUCCUGAAUCACCUCAGAGCAGCCCUGCAGGCUCCAGUUCCUCUGCUGAACCCAACAGCAUAUACGAGCCGCUCUGAACCACAACGAACUGAGGACUCAUACUUUGCAGAAAGCCAAGACAACGUAUUCAAGACUUUUUUUCUGCCAUUUGAGAUUUUCUUCAAUUCAAGCCACCUGAACAAACCGUAGACUGCUGUUGGAAUCCAUUAUCUCAGAAGGAAAAAAAAAGGAGAUUUACCUAAAUAAUUUCUUCUUCAGAAAUUACAUCUAUGGACCACUUUAUAAAUGUGUAUAUAAGAGCUGUUUGUACACACAUGCACGCACACACACACACACACACACACACACACACACACACACACACACACACACACACACACACACACACACACACACACACACACACACACACACACAUACACACACAAACUCAUACAGCCACGAAGGAUGAAACGAUUGUUGUGUUUCAAUAUAUUAUU